CCCCUCCGUCUUCCCAUCAGUGGUGCACACUCAAACAGCUAAUGCCUGGACGAUUUUCACCUCUUCUUCGUUGCCAUAUGGUGUCUUAAUGUCCUACACGCUUCUUUUGUUGACGUUUGCGCUCGUCUGUAGCAGAGAUGCGCUGGCACAGGUUGCAGGUAGCAGCAUCAAUGUGCUGGAAGGAGGUACCACAACCUUACCCUGCAAGCUAACAACGACGCUAACACCAAAUGAGAACCUGGAACAGAUUUCAUGGCAGAGAAGGACGAGAGGAAAACCGCUGACGGACAAUUUCUUUACCAUCACAAAGGAUGAUGCUCGCCUUGUUAACGGGCCUGAUAGGAGAUUUAAAUAUAUUGGGACAUUUGCUGAACACAAUGGGACUCUCCAGCUAUCUAAUGCAAAUGUGUUCGACGCUGGAACCUACACUUGCAUCUUUUCCAUUUUCCCCUCAGGACAACCUCGAAUAGUUGUAGAGAUAACUGUCAGUGUACCUCUACAAACAAGUGUAAAUAGUACCCAACCCACUCUUGGAAACAAAGAGGUUCCUCUUGUGACCUGCACCGCUGCCGGAUUCAAUCCACCGGCCAAGGUUUCGUGGCAAACUGAUGAUCGUUUAAAAGACAAAGUGACAUGGACAAACAACUCAACUCUACAAAUCAGUGAUACAACCACCACAGUCAGCACAUUGUUUGGAAAGCCCACCAAAGAGAUCAACGGAAAUAAGGUCCAAUGUGUCAUCAUCUCUGAGAAACGAAACGUAACACUACCCUUCGAAAUACAGAUCUACUAUCCACCUCUGACUGUGAACAUCAAAAAGCAAUCAGACGGCCUGGUUUUCACCUGUGAGGCUGAAGGCAACCCAAAACCAACAAUUAUCUGGAGCAGGUCAGGCAACACUCUGCCUCCAUCAGUCUCAGCCACCUCAGGUCAGGGGGCAACGCUAAGAUUUGAGAAGAAAUCCCCUACCGUGGCUGGCCUCUACCAGUGUGAGGCAAAUAACACCUACGGAAGCAAUCAAAGUUUUUUCUAUAUGGAUUUGUCCUCAGAAACAAGCUGCCUUACUAGUUGGAUUCUUUUUAUUAUUCUUUUUCUGAUUGUUUUGGCGGCUGGCUUGGCUGCAUUUCUGCACAAACGUGGAUUUGUUAAACUUCCGAGAUUUCUACGGUUUGACAGAGAAGCAGUACGAACAUCCUCACCAGACGAUGCAGCAAAUGAAAACGCUUCACUAUAACCAUAGGGAAAGAGCUGGUUCCCAAGAAGUCCAAGCAGAUACUGCAAUAUAAACUUGUAAGCCAUAGCACCGCAAUGCAUUUCCUUUUUUUUGUUACAUUUGCAUAUAAAUGGGUGCGUUUUAAAAUCCUUUUUAAUGUAAGGAUUAUCUAAGUAUAAUUUAUUGAGUUGUUCUUUUAUUUGGUGUAAUUCAACAACUUUGUUUUUAACAGUAGCCCACCUUCUCCCUCAUUUCCAAUAAAUCUUUGGAGAUUUAAUUUUAGGCUAACCUGUUUUGUCUGUUUUAGGAUCUUUGGCAGCGCCUGAAACAACAGAAUGCUGGGUUGCUGACUCGAUUCCCGCUCUUACUGCCUCUGUCAUUGUGUCCAUUAGCAAAACACUCCACCCACCUUGCUUGUUGGUUUUGAUCAGAGGGUGCAUGACGGCUUUGUUUCCAUCUGAGGCUUUAUGGGAUAUUUUGUGCCACAUCAGUUCUUGCUCCUUCAAUAGCACGACGUUCUAUUAUUGGCACUUGGCAUUUAGUUAGUUGGGAAUUAACCUGGCUACCAAAACAGAACUCUAAUCCUAUCAUGGCCAAGAAUUUUGUUGAUCAAUUAAACCUUAUUUAUGUAUUUUUCUUCCUAACUUACACUCCCUAUCCCACGCUAAACAGAAAAAGGAUUCCCAUCCUCUCUGGGUCAAGCAUCCUCUUUAUCGCUGUGACUGUGGCUGUCAACUGAGAAACCUGACCUUGUGCUUUAAAGUGCCACCAACCGUAACCUCCAAGCAUUAAUAACUGAAGGAUGUGGUCUUAACUGUGAAGGAUGUCGUUUAUUUAGGAAGGAAGUCGGUGAACUAGAGUUUCGUUACGCAAAUGGUUUUCCACUAACAUAUUUAUGGAUAUUAUUUUUAGCAGUUAUGCUGAACUUCAUCGUCUAAAUCUUUAAGGCUUUGAUGAGACAUUAUGUUGUGGUGUACUCACUCUUUCAGUGACUGAAAAAUACAAACAAUGACACAGCUAUGCUCCCUGAUACGGAUGUUUGUUAUACUGUAUAUUAUAAUACACUCCAUAUUAUAAUAGUUUACUUUGAGACUGCAUAUGAGCAAGUUUCAUACUUAGUCAACCUCACCUCUUACAGGCUUUGUUUAGGUUAGUUCCAUAUUUUAAGUGUUUUUUUUUAUGUUUAAUCCUUAAGUUGUAUAAUUUUUUUUUUCUUCCCAGAAUGUCAAUGGUUCAGCAUUAUUUAUUUUCUGAAGGCAAAAUGAGUGUUAUUGCAUUCAUUUGUAGAAUUUGAGUUAACUAUUAUUAAUUCCGUUGGAUUAUUGGAAAGUGUUGAGUUGUCGCUCAUUUGUUUAAAUAAGGUUUUCAAAAACCUGGACUUGAAGUCUUUCAAAGUGUUUUUAUCAGUUCUUCAGAUUUUCUGAGGGUUUUGUUUCUUCAGAAUUUGGCUGCCUUAAUUGUUUUUACUUAGUCAUCUGACCAUUUUCAGAAUAAAUCUUUUUUUUGUUCUGUUCUUUUCCUUUUUUGUUCCUAUUUAAAGAUGGUGUUAAAUGAUGAAACAUAGUUUGAUCUGAAGGGACUCAGAUUUCUGGUUGUUUUUUUAGGCCUGAAGCUUCCUGUGCCUCAACCUGCCCUAGCUUUGCUCAAAUGCUUUUUACUAAAAAGGAAACAAAAAAAACAACAAAAAUUGUUUUCAAUAAUUUAAAAAAAUAUGUUGUUCAAGAGCCAAAGUAAAAAGAUUGCACUUAGAAAAUUAACAAAUUAGGUCAUAUUUCUGAUGAGGCCGUCUACCUGCAUGCAGACGCAACAACACAACAUUAUGCCGGUUCACCAUUUUGAUUUUAAAGUGAACUGGGAUUUAAAACUCGUAUUUGCACCACAGGAAGUUUAUGAGAGUGAUUUCUCCUUUUUGUGUGUUCACCCUUAUCUCACUCAGAAAUCCAAAACCCUGACACAAAAACUUUAUCUAUGCUUGUCUCCUUUUUAUCUGAUGCUGCUUUUUUUUUUUUUUUGCAAACAUUAUUUGUGAUAAGAAGUCAGCGUCACUCUUAAUACCAUCGAACUCGCUUGUUAUUCUCAUAAAGUUUGAAUCUACUGAAACUAAAAAUAGUAUUUAGUGACACCAACUCAAACGUCUGGUUUGUUUUAAGCACACAAGCAGAAAGAUAUAACACUACAGUGUGAAAAUGUACCAAAGCUGUUCUGGUUUUCAUAAAUGUUGCUGAUGUCAGCAAUGGCAACCAGGUCAACCAGCAUGCUGGUAAACUAGGGCACCUUUUACACUCUGCACAGAAGUGUGAAGAGUAAAGUAUUUGAACUUGUCUUCUAAUAAAUAAAGCAAUAGAUACUAUAUAAUCACAUAGCUUUAGGAAUACGCUGAGUGUGUGCUUUUAUACCUGCAAUGAAAAAUCAAAGCAAUACCAAGAUCGUCUCAAGUUCACCAGUAUAGCUGUGCAACAGAUCCAACAUAGUGUGCUUUUCACAUUACAUUAAUGCUGCUGCUGUAUAAGACUAAGACAAUACUGGAAGAGUUGCUUUAGAAAAACUAAAUGUAAUCAACAGAAGUUUUCUUCUCUUAAACAGUAUAUAUGUUUAAGUUUUCAAAGUACAACAUACAUGAAUCAUACACAAGAGUAUAAAGCAUACAUAUAUAUAACAAAUUACUGUAUAAGAAAAAAUAUACUCUUACCAAUACGACAAUAAUGUAAAUAAAAAUUGACAUUACUAAAAAUAAAAUAAAAUGAAAACAAGUCAGGGCAAUUAUCUAAAUAACUGGUUAUACUGCACUGAUUACCAUUUAGACUUUAGGAUGACACUAUCUGUCAUCCUAAAGGCUGAGUGAGUGUUUGGGUCAGUGUUUGACUGAGAAAGAAGGUCUAAAAAGAGCUGCCAGAUUCUACAGAACUAAUUAGUGGAGCCCGCAACAUCAUACCGCAAUUUCUCCAAAUGAAGUAUCUCAGUAAAAUCAGAUAACCACAUUUUAAACUGAGGACCCUUGUCAAUUUUCCACAAUUUUAAUAUUACUUUGUUGGCUAUUACCAUUCCGUACGUCACAGUGGUUUGCACGGAAAUAGUGCAGUUCCUAAGUGAAGGAGAAUAUCCAAAUAAUGCAAUACGGACUAGAACCAACAUGCACAUAUACACUUCAGAGCACAAGCUGAAAAUGUCACAAUCCUGGAAGAGUUCAGGGCAUGACCGGUACAGACGUGACAGGACUUGACCAUCCUGACUUACAUUUAUCACAUUUUGAAGAUAUUGAGGGGAACAUUCUGUACAAUUUCAUUUUAGAAUAGUCGAGUCUAUAACUGGUGUUUGACCGAAUCCUCCCCAGACCGUCCUCCCUAGACAAUCGCUCCCAAUCUGCAAACCCAGCCUGCUGUGCUGCGUGGGAGUUUGUGGCAAAGUUAAUUAGCUCGGCGAAGAUGUCAACAAAGCUUGAAAGUAAUUUUCUUGAUUCUGGAGAGCCCAGCAGCAGUUUGCAUAUAUUCUUUUCUUCCGGAAGAGAUACAAAAUUCGGGAUUUUAAUUCGAACAUAAUUUCCAAUUUGCAAACAUCUGAAAAAUCUGCAUCCGGAAGCAAGAAACAGUGCCUUAACAUUGCAAAUGAAGCAAUGAGAGAAGUUUUUUUUUAACAAGUGAACAAUACCUAGUAUUAAAGCUAUGUAUUUUUGUAUAAUCUGGUGUUUAUUGAUGUAGCUUUAGAAAUGUACGUUUAAAAUAUUUGUUUAUGCUUAAAGUUAUUUAAAUUAUUACUUUUUGCAUAGCAGCUCUGUAUUUCAGCUCAUCAGCUGAGCUACUAGGGGUCUCUGUAGUUACACACUGGAGUUAUUUCUAUGCUAAAACAACUGGAAAAUGUACCGUCUCUGUAGCAAAUUGUACAUAGUUGAUUUAACAGCUUGGUGUACACAUUCCUUGUUAGGUACUUACUGGAUAUUAUAAACUGCUGAACUUAUAUGAAGCACUCGUAUGUUUUCUGCUAAGUACAAGAGGUCAAUUUUCUGUCUACGCGAAACCAUAAAGGAGUUUUAAAUACAAUGGUCUGACACCAACCGCUGGAAGUAGUACAGCAAAACUGUUACCUCAAAACCACAUGUAAAACUCCCAAAUUCUUAGUUACUUGCAGGUCAGUAAAGGACACAGAGAGAGAGGACACACUGUUGCCCUUUAACAGGAGACAUUUUUCAUGGUUGGUCAAUCCAACAACACUAAAAGCAGCCAAAGGCCAUAGCCUGUGCAUCACAAUAGCAUUAUAUAUAGAUUUCCUGAAACAAGGUGGCUGCUGCUUGACACACAAUGAUGACAUUUCUGAUAAACGAUAAUUAGCUUUUUCUUGGAGUGCAAACAUCACACUCAAAGUUACUUUUUUUUAUUUAAAUGCCCUACAGCUGACAAAAUGACAAAGUUGUGUGAUUUUCAUCUCUUAUUUCAUAAAUGUGUGUUCUGUGUGUAGAAAAGACAUUUUCACUUGUAGUGUUUAAAACUUGGUGUUCUUUUUCUGUACGUAAUUACAUUCUAGGUUUGUAGUUUCUGUUCAGCCUCAUCUUAUAGAUUUUUAUUCUGUUUCACAAGGUUACAUAUUUUUUGCUUGACUUACUUCUGCAGCUACUUGUAGCUUCCUUCUUUAUUAAAAGUAGACCUAAAAACA